AUGACGCAAGGCGCACACAUUCAGUUGACAGAGCAAGAAGAAGCCAUCUGCCAGCUCCUCGAUCAGACGUGCGCCUACAUUCAUCGCGAGCGACCAGAGCUUCCCGAGGUCGACUCGGCACAGCGCAGCGGCGAUGGUAGCCAGCCAUGCGAAGCGCGUAUCGCUGGCGGCUGGGUCCGCGACAAGCUCCUCGCGCGUGAAUCCGACGACCUCGACAUCGCCCUCUCCACGUUGACCGGCAACGCAUUCGCGCUCUACCUCAAGCAUUACCUCUCCUCCGAGUCCUUCGCGUCAUCACCGCUCGCACGGUCGCGCUACUUCAGCGAUCGGUUCUCGGACAUGGGCCGCAUUGGCAAGAUUGCUGCCAACCCGGAGCAGAGCAAGAGCCUCGAAACGGCGACAGCGAGAGUGCUCGGGCUGUCGCUCGACUUUGUCAACUUGCGAAAAGAGACCUACGACCCAGGGUCAAGGAUCCCGACGAUGACAUUCGGGACGCCAAAGGAGGAUGCAGAGCGACGUGACAUCACUAUCAACUCGCUGCUCUACAACGUGCACACGAGAGAGGUGGAGGAUCACACGGGUUUGGGUCUGCAAGAUCUAGCGGCGGGGUUGAUACGAACCCCGCUUCCGCCAUUGACGACCUUCCUCGAUGAUCCGCUCAGAGUGCUUCGAUGCGUACGUUUCUCGAGUCGAUUCGCGUACCAAUUGCAUCCUUCCAUCAUCCGCUGCCUCACGGGAACCAGCACGACCGGCGCCUCACUCGACGACACGGACGCAAGCAGCACUCAGAUUGCCAGCAGCGACGACCCGAGGGUCUCAGCACGAGACAGUCAGGGUGUCGAGAGUGGGAGGAACCAGCUUCGUGAUGCGCUCGUCAGCAAAGUCUCCAGGGAGCGUUUUGGCAUCGAGGUGGACAAGAUGAUCAAGGGUCCGCAUCCAUUGUUGGCGCUGUUCCUGCUGCAUCGUUUGGAGCUAUUCCCGCUUGUAUUCCACCCGCCGCCAGGCGCAGGGAAGCUCCAUGUGGCAUCUUCCGGUGCUGCAAAGCCCAAAGUCGGGGAACCCGAACCGGAUUCGGUGGCGCUCAACGCCGCUCGCUUGCUCGACGCAAUGAUGCACGUCAAGGCACUCGUAGACGGCUCGCCUGUCAACCAGUCGGUUCCCAUGGACACCCUCUCGAUCGGAGACGUCGUCCAUACUGCACCCAGAUCUGACCUGUCCCGGGCAUUUUCGGCGGUGCCAACAUCGCCCAUCCCACGAGCAGUCUUCGAAGCGCUCCCCUACGACUUGCUGUACAGCUGGUCCAGCUCCUCCCUCACAGCCGAAGAACGCCGUCGACUUUGGAUCUCGGUCUCCCUGCUUCCUUUGCGGCACCUUAUGUACGAGGAGAAGAAGAACAAGCACGCGUGGGCCGGCGAGAGCGUUAUCGCAAAUGGCCUCAAGAUGGGCACGAAGACGCUGAAAGAACCUGUUGCAUCUCUGCAUCGGUGUCUGGAGCUUCUCCCUCUGGGGCGAAGGGUGCUUUCCCAAGGACAGACGGGUGAGGAGAGUGAGACACUGGAUCGUCUGCUCAACCUACCGCCCGGGCUCAGCGUUAAAUCUCGACUCGGACUACUACUGCGCAGUCCGCACGUGACAAACGGUCUUCUUUCGCUGCGACCGCAACCCGCGCUGCUGCUCUCGUUCAUCAGCGAGCUGCUGGAUCUGUGGCGCCAGUCCGAAUUCGAUCCCGACACAUCGACGCUGGCACCGUUGCAAGAGCAAGCGGUGCAGCUCGCUCAGGACUAUAGCCGUUUCUGGCAGCUCAUCCAGCAGUGGUCGCUGGUGGAGCGCGCGGAGGAGAAGAUCGUCCUGGAUGGCAACGCUGUGACGGCGUGCUUGGGUUGCCAUCCGCGUUUAAUUUCCCAGAUCCAGGUGUUCGUACUGGCUUGGCAGUAUGAUCAGGACUCGAUCGGGUGGGGUGCGGAAGAGGAGUGUGCGAGGUGGUUGAAGAGUGAGUGGGAGAAGGGUGGGUUGGUGUCUUUUGAGCAGAGGCCCGCGCCGAUCCCGGUCAAGGGGGACAAGGGGAAGAAGGCCGAGAAGAAGAAAGAGCCUGCGAAUGUUCAGGUGGAAAAGGAAGGAGAGGGGGAGCGGAGGAAGAGGCAGAAGAGCGAGUAA